AGUAAAAUGAAUGUGAGCCACACAAAUUGUCCAAAAUGGGAAAGUGAGAAGUAUUUUUGGGAACAGUCCAAAAAGGAAAGUGAGAAUAUUUUUGGGAACGGAGGGAGUAUUAAAAGAUGAAAGGAAGUUAGUUGGUCCUAUUCCGUGAAAACAGUGCUCGACGGAAAUCCUUUUCGCCAUUACUACUGUAGUCUUCGGUUUGACACCGCUAGAUAAUAUCCAGCCCUUUCGGUGCCAGAUAUAACUUCGUUUCCUUUCUGCGCUCUUCGAAUUCGAAUUGAUAGUCUAGGGUUAGCAACAUCCUUCCGCUGAAGCCAUCCAGAGUUCGCAAUAAUCCUUCCGCCGAAAGUCGCCCCGAGUAUCAUUGCUUCCCCAUAAAAUUGAGAUUGCAUAUCAGGAGGCUGUUGCUUUGAAAAGGCAAGAAGAACUUAUUCGUGAGAAGGAGGCAGCAUGGAUGGCUGAAGUUGAGCUGAAAACAAAACGUGGCACAUCUGAGAAGGAGAAAAAAUCAAAGAAGAAGCAGGAACCCUCCGAUUCAGUGCUCCUAUAUUUUACUGUCACUAUAUAUACAGAUGCCCGACAUAGGUUUUUAUGCUCUAACUACCCAAGUAACAGAGGUACUCUCUGCCUUUUUCCUUACAUUGAAUGAUUCAUAAGUUCCGAUGGCCAAUUACUAAUUAUUUCAUGAAAAACAAAAUUAAAUGCUCUGAUUAUGUAUUUAAUGAUUUUUUUCUCAAACAUAGGUCUGGCAGCUCAUUGCUUAUGACCUAUUUUACUUAGAUGCAGGCCAUUGCCUAUUCAGACCAAUAUCUUAAAUCUAUCUGUUUUAACAUAUCCCCCUCACUUAAUAACUGCCCCAAAUAGUUGUUAUUGUAUAUGAAUAUACUAUCAUGUAUAAAAAAUGCCUUACUUUUUUAUACAUUUAUGUUUGAUUUUAAACUUAAAAGCAGUGGUUUUCAUAAUACCUUUUUUAGCUAGAUCCUUGUUUUCUUUUUUACGGUUGCUAACUGUGGACUUUGUGAGCCUCCAUAUAUUUAAAAUCGGUACUCUUACAUGACCUGGUUUUGUGUCAUGGAUGUAAUUUAUGCAUUGUAGCAGUUCUUUUGUAGCAACAACAUUAUAAAUAAUAUUGGGUACAGCUGAAAUAAUUAUACAUUGCACACAUUAAUUGUUUUGAAACAUUGAACUGCUUAAUAGUUCGAAUAAUACAUAGAUAUAUAGUUCAGCAUUGUCAUUUUUCAUUAAACUACCAAUAACUGUUUGCCACUAAAAGUUACUAUGAUGUUCAACAAUAUUUGAUCAGUUAGUUAUAGACUCAUCUAAUGCGAAAGGAAAAAGUACCACGUUAGAGUAUAUUCUAGGAAAUCAGAUCACUGAGAGAUCAGUGAGUCUAUGUAAUUUAGAUGUAUUUUUUUCAAGCUUUUGUUUUUUCAUUUUAUUACAUAUUAUUUUCCUCUUGGUGAGGAAUUUUUUUCAGAAUAGCAUGGAGACUAUAAAUCAACUUCCACCACUAAAUCAUGAUCUUCUAAACCAAAUCCUGCCUGAAAGGCUACCUACUAUAGCUGAAACACAAAUACCCACUGCAGAAAAUGUGGUUAAGUCUUUCGAUCAUUUAAAAUCUCUGUACCAUCUCCAUGCCGGGUUAGGGAUGGACUCAGGUCCGGGCCGGGCCUAGGCCCGGGCGGGCCGGCGGGUUAGAAAUGGUGGACCCGGGACCGGCCCGGGUAACCACCGGGUCCGGGUCCGGGCCGGGCCCGUUAUAUUUUUUUUUGUUUUCCUCUUCCUAAUUAACCCCCUCCCACCCCCAACCCCCCAAACCACCCCAAAUGGCCCAAAAUACCCAGCCCAACCCGAAAAUUUAAAAAAAAUUGAAAAAAAAGAAAAAAAAUAGAUUUUGGCCCGAACCGGGCCCGGCCAGGUCGGGCCCGGCCGGGUCGGGCCUUGUUUUGGGUGACCCAAGCCCGGACCGGAAAACCAACGGGUCGGGCCUACCCGGACCGGUCACUGACCGGGCCACCGGGUCGGGCCGGGCGAGAACAGUACCGGUCCUGAGCCGGUUCCGGGUCGGGCCACCCGGCCCGAGUCCAUCCCUAUCUCCAUCGAAAUAAACAAAACCUCAUCACAGACACUGAAUUGGCUUAGUCGAUUUCUCAUCAUCACAAAGUCGUUUCCAAAUUUUCUCAGUCUCAAGUCCCUAACCCCAAUGCAGACUUGCAAACACUGUUAGCCAACCUUCAAACCCAGAUCACCCGCAUGCAUUCCCAAAUCACCCAGAGACAGAUCUCAUGCAAUCUCAAAUCACCCAGAGACAGGACCUCAUGGAGACCCAAUUGGUCCAGUUGUAGUCACAUGUGCAGGCUGAAGUUAUUUGAGGUCCAUUUUUUUUUAAUAUCUGCAUUAAUUUGACUGGUUGACUUUUGCAUGGUAAAAUAGUUAUGGAAUCUUCUUCAAAAAGUUGGUAAGGAAAGGCAACUUAUCUACAAGCCACGGCUGAAAUUUCUACCAAAACAGUUGGUUUUUAACUUUAAUCAAUUAUUUCAAUUUUCAAACAUGUUGGUUUUAAAAAAAACCAGCAUUUCUUAAACUACAAUGCAAAAUUUAAUUUUACGAUCAUUGUGGUUUUAAUAACUCAUUAUAGAUCACAGACAAGUGAAAGCGUAUGACUAGCUUAUGACUAAAAAUAGAAUAGUAAGCCGCUUUUGACUAGCUUAUUUAGCUAGUGGAUGUUCAAACUUUCUUUUUAGACGAAAAAACAGGCACACUAGGUAACCUCGACCAAAAAUAAAUCUAGCCAAACUGGCACUUGCACAUAAGGUAAAAUCUCUCACUAUCAAUUCAACUAUUUGGAUUUUGAUACCCAAUCAUGGUUUGAUGAAACAGUACCCUCUAGAGCUUCUGAAUGCAGCUUCAAUGUGGCUCCACACAAUAUAUGCCUACAAACACGAGGAAAUGUAAAUUAGAAAGGGGAAUAAGUAUUCAGGAAGUGUUGAUGACUUUUAUAACAGAUUAUUAUAAAACAUGAGAAACACAAAUGAAAUAAACAAGAAAAAAGAUGUAUAUGCACAGUUUGGUUUAGAAAAUUACUCAAGUUUGCAUCCAUCACUAGCAAGAAUAAUAUUCUCGCUCUUAUCCGAACCUGCACAGUGAAAAAAAGGUAAAGUAAAUCAUCUUAAACAAAAUAGUUUAAUUUAAAAAGAGUACCUUACCAAAUCUUAUGCCCUCAAAUAUUCAACCAGUUCAUUAUGCCGAUGAAGAAGUGUGUGGUUACUUUUUCCAAAUGAUGACUCACUAUAAAACCAGUGAAUGCAAUUCAUUUGAUCGUGACUAAGAUGAUUAAUAUUGGUAACGUUGUUAGGGAUCAGGUCUAUGGGAGGGAUUGAACCUACAGGAUAUGAAAUUUGAUCAAAUGCGAAGUUUGGAGGAGGGUGUGGAGCAGAAUGGUCGAUCAUUAUUUUGCAAACAGGGCGGAGAUUCUGAAGCCUAGUGGUAUUAGAAGCACGGACACGGGCAACUUUGAUUUCAGCACCCAGCACUAGUAACUCAAUUCGCACGAGCCCUAAUUGGGCCUCGAUUUGGGUCUGUCUUUGGAUCAUUUAUGUCUACACUUCUUCCUUCCACUCGAUAACUUGGUCCUGCAUCUUUGGUGAUGCAAUUGGUCCAAUUGGGUCUGCAUGAGAGCCUGCCCUUGGAUCACCGUCGCCCUUUGGUGAUGCAUGGUUCGUCAGCACCGUUGUCCUCUCAAAUUGAAGGGCACUCCUCGUCCUCGAAAUGAAGGACGUUCCUUGUCCUCAAAAUGAAGACAUUCAUCGGCCUCGAAAUGAAGGACAAAAGGCAACCAACAAUUGUGGCACCGCCUCAGCCUCGAGAUGCAGGACAAAAGGCAGCCAACAAUUAUGACACCGCCUCGGCCUCAAAAUGAAGGACAAAAGGUAGCCGACAAUUAUGGCAUUGCCUCGGCCUCAAAAUGAAGGACAAAAAGCAGCCAACAAUUGUGGCAUCGCCUCGGCCUUAAGAUGAAGGACAAAAGGUAGCCAACAAUUAUGGCACCGCCUCGGGUAUAAACUCCAGAACUCCUAGGUAAUCUUACGAAGGCCAAAAGCAUCAAGACAACAACGAUCUACUCUCUUUCACUUCGUCUACAUCUCAGUCUCAAGACCUUAACCCCAAUGUAGACUUGCAAACACUGUUAGCCCAACUUCAAACCUAGAUCAGCAGCAUGCAAUCUCAAAUCACCCAGAGACAGGAUCUCAUGCAGACCCAAUUGGCCCAGUUGCAGGCAGAGGUGCAGGCCCAAGUUAUCGAGUGGAAGGAAGAAGUGCAGACACAAAUGAUCCAAGGGCAGGCCCAAAUUGAGGCACCAUUAGGGCUCGUGCGAAAUGAGUUCCUAAUGUUUGGUGCUAAAGUCAAAGCUGCCCGUGCUCGUGCUUCCAAUGCCACUAUGCUUCACAACCUCCGCCCUGUUUGCAAAAUCAUGGUCGGCCAUCCUGUCUCACACUCUACUCCAAACUUCGCUUUUGAUCAAAUUUUAUAUUCUGUAGGUUCAAUCCCUCCCAUAGACCUGAUUCCUGACAAUGUUACCAAUAUUAAUAAUCUAAGUUACGAUCAAAUGGAUUGCAUUCACUGGUUUUAUAAUGAGCCAUCACUUGGGAGAGGUAACCACACACUUCUUAAUCGGCAUAAUGAAUUGGUUGAAUAUUUGAGGGCAUAAGAUUUUGUAAGUUACUCUUUUUAAAUUACACUGUUUUGUUUAAGAUUAUUUACUUUACCUUUUUUUUCACUGUGCAGGUUGGGUUAGAGCGGGAGUAUUGUUCUUGCUAGUGAUGGAUGCAAACUUGAGUAUACAAUGUGUGGAGCCGCAUUGAAGCUGCAUUCAGAGGCUCAAGGGUACUGCUUCACCAAACCAUGAUUGGAUUUGGAAAGUAAUGGGCACUCUUAUUGUCACUCAACAUGCCCCGCUUCAUCCAGUCUUAACCGCUCAACAUGUGACGACUACCCAAGCACAUCAAAUCGCAAAUUACUUUCUUGCAAACUGCUAAACGACGUCAAACAAAAAGCAAAACCACAAGUUCAUGUCAAUUUGCACUUGCUUUGGGUGUUGUAAGAAAUUAGAGGUAAAGUCUCCUGCAUGUGUAAAGGUACUGUGAUCCACACACAAUUUCAUUCUCACCAUUUAUGAUUUUUUUAACAAAGAUUUAUUUUUUAGGUCUUUUAUCAUUACCGUGAAGAGUUUCCUCUUUCAAGCAAACACACAGCAAAUUACUUUUUUUUCCCUUCCUUUUCUCAUCUUCUUUUUUUUCUAUAAAUGUUUGAUAUGCUAGCAAUGACAACCGUUUAUAGUUUAUGUGUGAUGAAGUAUGCAAAACAUGUGAGGUUUUGAUAAUUUAGUUACUCAUCAAACUACUUCCCUACCCUUUUUUUGUUUUAUGAGGGACAUGUUUGACAAAUUCUCAGUAGUGCAUCUAUGUACUUUUUCAGUUUUUCCAAUAUUAACUUUUGUAGUUUUACAUUUUUGCAGUUUAUCUAAGUUACUCGAAAGAUAUUUUUGUGCCCUCUCAAAAUGUCUAUUGCUUGAAUGAGUAGUGUGAAAUAUUUAUAUUUCUAACUUCAAUUUUGAGUUGCAGAUGCAUCCAAGCUAAUUUUACUUCAUCUCUCCUAGCAUAUAUGUAAGACCUAAGAGGUAUAUAUGCACCAUCAUCUCUGAGUUGAUGGUCAUAUUACAUGUAUUGCAUCAACACCCUGAGUUGCACCUCAGCCUGAACUACAAAUCACUUUUUAAGGCUAUAGAAGAUCAACCUAUCUUGCAAUGUUUAAAACUUGGUUAAAGCACGUCAAUCCCCGCUCAAUCCCCUGAAAGUCUGCCAAAGCACGUCAAAUCGCGACUUCCAUUCUUACAAACAGUUUAAAUGUAAUGCUCCAUGCAAUUCUGUCCAAUGAUGUUCGUGUUAUUUACCUCUUAUAUAUAAAACAUGAAUUACAUUUUCUGUUCAUAUUUUACAAUUUAGCUGUGUGAGCAUCUAUACCACAACUUUCGAUUUUAUCAUGUGAUUGUAUCUAAUUUAUUUGAUUUCUAUUUCCAUUAGGUUUUUCCUUGAUUUCGUCUCUAAAUUGUCUGA